ACAGGGUGGACAGUAAUUUCAGAUACACAUGGAAAAUAAUCAAUAAUAUUACCAAAAAGAAAUAUCCGUAAUGAUCAAAAUGACUUGUUUCAUCAAUAACUUGUUGUGGACAAUCAAACCAUGUAAAAUGAUUUAGUAUCGUUUAACCACUUAUACAAACUUUAUUUAGUAGAGCAGUGUGCGGGACAUGCCCAAAUCACUCUUAGCUUAGCUUGACCUCUUAGCUUAGCUUGACUUCUUAUGUUAGCUUGAACUCUUGGCUUAGCUUGACUUCUUAUGUUAGCUUGACCUCUUGGCUUAGCUUGACUUCUUAGCUUAGCCUGACCUCUUAGCUUAGCUUUACCUACAUUCAAACUUGGCGCACCUGUUCGACGGCUGGCACUUGUCUUAGAACUUUACGCGGGUGAAGGAGAUGUGUUUAGAUGGACAGGCUCAGGUGUGCGUGACUGGAAAACGGAGGAAGCGGUCGCAGUCAGAUGAGGCAAAGCUGCUGGCUUUGACAUUCAACUGAGCGUCACCGCUGCGAUCUUUUUCCCUUCAUAGAUUGCAAAAAUUGCAACCGAAUUAUCACGCGGAGUGACACGCAAGGAAGGUUCAUGUGAACAUGUCUGUCUGUCGCCAUUUACUUUGGACAUUUGCUCUCCCUUUGAAACGGUGCAGCCUGGACUUCUAUCAUCUAUUGAAACUCAUUCAAGAUUUCCUGUCAAAUUUCCCAAGUCUCACUGCUGCACCUGUCUCUGUUCUGGUGACUUUCCAGCGUUGAAAUCUGAAGACAGGAGAAGGAAAAGAAUGAGUUAAAACAACCUGAAGCAAGAGUAUUUUGCUAUGGCUAGAAAAAAAUGUUUCCAGGACAAGUAGUUACCUGUGACAGUAUCUUUUAAAUUCACCUGAUUACUGAACAGACCAAGAUGAUUUUGUGGCUACUCUUCGUUGUUUGGGUGGCACUCGAGCAAACUGACUCUGCCCAGUCUAGUGAACGGCGAGUUGUAGCCCACAUUCCUGGAGACAUCAUAAUUGGAGCCUUGUUCUCCGUGCAUCAUCAGCCUCCUGCUGACAAGGUUCAUGAACGUAAGUGUGGCGCGGUUCGAGAGCAGUACGGUAUUCAGCGGGUGGAGGCGAUGAUGCACACACUGGACCGCAUCAACGCAGACCCUCACAUCCUUCCCAACAUCACCCUUGGAUGUGAGAUCCGUGACUCCUGUUGGCACUCCGCUGUGGCUCUGGAGCAGAGCAUUGAGUUUAUUCGGGAUUCGUUGGUAUCCUCUGAUGAAGCAGAGGAGUGGGGUGGAGGAAACCCUUGGGGAGGAGGCGCCGGGGGUGCAACCAUGAAGUGCACAGACCCCUCUACCACUCCCAUGCGAGGGAAAAAGCCCAUUGUGGGUUUAAUCGGGCCAGGAUCAAGCUCAGUAGCCAUCCAGGUCCAGAACCUUCUACAACUGUUCAACAUACCACAAAUUGCCUACUCUGCUACUAGCAUGGAUCUUAGUGAUAAGAGUCUUUUCAAGUACUUCAUGCGGGUGGUGCCAUCCGAUGCCCAACAGGCAAGGGCUAUGGUGGACAUAGUCAAGAGAUACAACUGGAGCUAUGUGUCUGCCAUAAACACUGAAGGCAAUUAUGGAGAAAGCGGGAUGGAAGCGUUCAAGGACAUGGCAGCCAAGGAGGGCAUUUGCAUCGCUCAUUCUGGCAAAAUCUGGAGCAAUGCUGGAGAGCAGAGCUUCGACCGAUUGGUGGAAAGGCUGAGGUCCCACCUGCCCAAGGCCAGGGUGGUGGCAUGUUUCUGUGAGGGCAUGACUGUCCGUAAUAUCCUCAUGGCUAUGAGGCGCCAAGGACUUGUGGGAGAGUUCCUUUUGGUUGGCAGUGACGGCUGGGCGGACAGGUAUGAUGUGACAGACGGUUACGUUAAGGAAGCCGCUGGUGGCAUAACGAUCAAACUACAGUCUGCUGACGUCAAGUGGUUUGAUGACUACUACCUUAAACUGCGCCCUGACAACAAUCUCAGGGACCCCUGGUUUACAGAAUUUUGGCAACAUCGCUUUCACUGCCGACUGAAGGGCCACCCACAGGAGAGCACCAAGUACAACCGCACCUGUAACAAGCGAGAAUCUCUCCGGCAGCAGUAUGCGCAGGACACUAAGAUGGGAUUUGUCAUCAACGCUAUUUAUUCGAUGGCAUAUGGCCUGCAUAACAUGCAACGUGCACUGUGCCCAGGCUAUCAGGGCCUGUGUGAUGCCAUGAGGCCUAUUGAUGGCGCUACACUGCUGGACUUCCUAAUGAAAACUAACUUUACUGGUGUAUCUGGGGAGGGAAUCCUCUUUGAUAAGAAUGGAGACUCGCCUGGCAGGUAUGAAAUCAUGAAUUUUAAGAAGAUGGGGAAGGACUACUAUGACUACAUUAAUGUGGGUAGUUGGGACAACCGUGGACUAAAAAUAGACGACGACGAAAUCUGGUCAAGCAAGGAUGUUGUCAUCAAGUCAGUUUGCAGUGAUCCCUGUGACAAGGGGCAGAUUAAGGUGAUCCGCAAAGGUGAGGUGAGCUGCUGUUGGACGUGUACUCCCUGUAAAGAAAAUGAGUUUGUAUUUGACGAGUACACCUGCCGAGCUUGCGACCUUGGCUCCUGGCCCACUGAUGACCUCACAGGAUGUGAUCCAAUCCCGGUGGAAUACCUACGAUGGGGAGACCCCGAACCCAUCGCUGCCGUGGUAUUUGCUUGCCUUGGGCUCAUGGCCACAUUCUUUGUCACUGCCGUCUUCUUUAGGUUCAGGGACACUCCUGUGGUGAAAUCCUCCAGCAGGGAGCUCUGCUAUAUAAUACUGGCCGGUAUCUGCCUGGGGUACCUGUGUACCUUCAGCCUCAUCGCCAAACCGCAUGUCAUCCACUGCUACCUCCAACGCCUUGGAAUUGGCCUGUCACCUGCCAUGAGUUACUCUGCUUUGGUCACCAAGACCAACCGCAUUGCGCGGAUCCUGGCAGGCAGCAAGAAGAAGAUUUGUACAAAGAAGCCUUGUUUCAUGUCUGCCUGCGCUCAGCUCAUCAUUGCCUUCCUGCUCAUACUACUACAGCUAGGCAUCAUUGUGGCACUCUUCCUCAUGGAGCCACCCCAGGUGAUCUAUGACUACCCCAGCAUCCGUCAAGUCAAUCUCAUAUGCAACACCACUAACUUGGGUGUGGUUGCCCCUUUGGGAUACAAUGGCCUGCUCAUCCUCAGCUGUACCUUCUACGCCUUCAAGACCCGCAACGUUCCUGCUAAUUUCAAUGAGGCGAAGUACAUUGCCUUUACCAUGUACACCACCUGCAUUAUAUGGCUGGCCUUUGUUCCCAUCUACUUUGGCUCCAAUUAUAAAAUUAUCACCAUGUGCUUCAGUGUCAGCCUCAGCGCCACAGUGGCCCUUUGCUGCAUGUUUGUACCAAAGGUAUACAUCAUUCUGGCCAAACCGGAGCGAAACGUACGGAGUGCCUUUACCACCAGUACGGUGGUGCGCAUGCAUGUGGGCGAUGGCAAAUCAUCCUCAGCUGCUAGCCGUUCCUCGAGUCUGGUUAACUUGUGGAAACGCAGAGGGUCCACUGCAGAGACUCUCAGCUCGAACGGCAAGUCGGUGUCUUGGGCCCAGACCGAGCGCAACAGUUCGCACGGGAACCACUUGUGGCAACGUCUGUCUUUCCAUAUCAAGAAGAAAGAGAACAAUCAAACUGCAGUCAUCAAGCCCUUUUCCAAGACAUCUGAGGAGCGUUACUGUAGAGGAGCCGACCUGCCUCCACACAUGCCCCUGCCUUCCCUUCCCUCCGUAUCUUCCCUGCCUUCUCAUAGCGAUGCUGGUGUCGACAAGAACCUGUACGACGUAUCUGAAGCUGAGGAGAGAUACUCCCUCACUUAUCGACCACAAACGCCCUCCCCAAUCAGCACGGUGAGCCAGAGACUCGGUCCAGGUUUGGAGGAAGAGUCUCAGAUGGCAGGUGUCGCCAAGUAUUCCAGCAGUACUUGUAGCCAGAGCAGCGGCAGCAGUUAUGGCUACGUCAGCAGUAACUCAGGUGUGGCCGGGAGUGACGGCCGCCUGAUCAUCUUGGAGGGUCGCCCAGUGGCGUGCCAAAGCAACCUGAUGGAUCAGAUCAGCUGCGUGGUGAACCGCUUUACCGCUAACAUCAGCCAACUCAACACUAUGAUGCUAUUGUCCUCUCCCACGCACCCCAAUGCACACAAACACUCGCCACCACCGCCGCACCCCACUGACCCCUAUCUUCUUCCUCGUGAGAUUCAACCACCUCCCGUCGUCACCACCUACGCUGACGUCCAACCCCAUCCCCAUCCCCUCGCCGAGUCGAGCUUGGGGCGCCGGGGCGGCUGUCCCGUUCACCCAGUCCCUCUUCUGCAUUCGCCCUACCCUCUUCCACCUCCUCACCCCCAGUCCUCUCCUUCCAUUUCCCCCAUGCGAGGUGGCUUGGUCACCUGCCUCAUGGACUCCCCACUGAGGAGGGUGGAAUUGGAGGAGGAGCUCAUUGCUUUGACUCCCCCGUCACCCUUCCGGGACUCUCUGGCAUCUAGCAGUAGCUCGGCUGUGUCUGAGAUAGAUCUGUGUCUCCCCCCGGUACCUUCCCAUCCGCCCCCAUCCCCUCCUUCGCCCACGUACAAUAGACUCAAUCUCAGAAACUACAGCCAGAGUUCCUCUUCACUGUGAGGUAGACAUGACGCAGGGGAAGAGGAGCAAGUCAAGAAAAGCGGAUGGAUCGACUGAAAUCCAUUCAUCCCCACGAGGGUGUGAAAGUUUUGUGUUUACAUGUGUGCAGCGAGAUCAUAUUUUCAUAUUGAUGUUCCCGUACAUCAGAAGUGGAAAUGUGGUUUGAAAAGUGUAUUAGGAUUAGAUUGUGGCCUUAAGGUAACAUGGCUGUCAGCUAAUUAGAGAUAGCAAUUGUGCACUCGAAGUGCGUGUGGAUGUAUGUAUACCUCCAUGAGUGUGUUUUACUUGUCUUAAGGAGAAAUGGGCAAAGGGAAAUGUUUGUGGACCAACUAAAAGUUCCUAAAGGGCACAUAAACUGUACAGUUGAUCUGCUGUACCGCAGUCAAACACGCACAGUCUGUGUGUGGGGACUCACGCAACAAGCAAAACUGUAAAUAUUUCGCAAGUUAUGGGUCGCAGAAGUUCAUUGUGUUAACACACAGCUGCAGUAUGUCAUUUUGCACAUUAGCGUCUUUGUAUUACAUCAGCCAUUAUUCUGUUUCACUUGAUUCUUGAAAACUUUUUUUUUUUUUUUUUUUUUUACCUGAAAGCAGGGAAGGUGAAUCAACAAGAACUUGUUAGACGUCUAAUCUUGUUGCUAAUUGACUAAAAUCUUACCUCACCACUUAAUAACAACGUUACGCUUGACGUCAGUCUUAUAGACUCUUAUCUAUAUGUUUUAUGGAAAUUUUGUAUAAUAUAGAGAGUUUCCAUAAAACAAGAUAGCAGGACACCAGUAUCACUCUCCUUCAUAAUAUUUGACUGAAUUCAUUAGGUUCUCUUCCAGUUCUUUGUUGAAUAAGUUCACCUCAUAAGCGUCUGUCAGUCUGUGGCACAGGUGCAAAAUGAUUCCCAAGUCUCAGUGGCAGACAAGCCUUGAUAAAGCCUCCUCUCUGCUGCAUGCAUGUUAGCAGAAAGAACUUUAGGCCAAUUACAUUAUAUGGAGCGGGGGGAGGGGGGGGAAUCUAAGCAUUCUCAGUUUGACAUUUUGGGUCAUGGAAAAUUACUUAAAGAAAAGUGUUAAAUGAAGUACUUUAUACCACUAUUACAUGGACUUCUAUGUAGAGUAAAAAAACAUAAAGACUGUUAAGCAACAGCGUGAUUAAUAAUCAUUCAUUCAUGAUAACAUUUAGUUGAGUUUAGUUCAACAAUUUUUUUUUUCUAUUUUAAAUCGUUGUUUGUUUGUUCACUGAACUAAAUUGAUAAGGUUAUUCACCCAGCAAGGUGAGCUUGUGUUCUACCUGUUUCCAACAUCAAGCUACACAUAAAAGAACUGCACUUGGAAAGACAAUGUCAAAUUUAACAUUUACAAUGACUGCACAUCAACAAAGAAAAAUAAUUCAGUUAAUAGUAUGACUCAAGAAACUGUGCUCACCACUCUGAAUGUGUCAUUGAACAUUCCAAUUCAGAUUUUAUUUAUUUAAUAUGAUUAUUGUGCCAAAGGGUUUGGGGCGGGGCUACCUUAUUCGCUUUGAUAGUAAAUAUGUGGUUUCAUUCAUGGUAUUUUGAUAUGUUAAAUUCCAUCAUUCCGUUCUUUUCAUUGUAAAAGCAAUAGCAUCCAGAGCGUCGGAGUAGGUUUUCUAAUCAUUUUAAAGAAAUAUUUCUGUAUUUUCUUGAGGACAAUUUGCCAAGGAGCAAGUAUUGCCAAACUCCCUUGUGUUUACUGAAAAUCUGCACACGGUGAGACAAUGAGUUGUGUAUUUCGAAUCUAAUGCGUGAGAUAGAGAGGUAAUUUUAUGGCAUUUUAUUGUCUCUACUUGGAUGGCAUUCUUUAAAGACAGAAUCGCUGGAAUCAGAAUCAUCUUUAUUUUUGUUUAUGAAGAUUUGAAAAUGAAGCAAAGAAAACUCAUGACAGUUUAUUUCAGUUUGUGCGUCAUCAUCAUCGUUAUAAAUAUCAUUACCGUUAUUAACAUGUCUUUAUAUGUAUCAUGCAUUAUCAUCAUAGCAACAGACCAUGGCAGAACAAUUAGCCAGUGCUGUUGUGGUGGUGUGAUUCGGGAGGAGACGGUUUAUAGGCUAGACGCUGAGGGUGUUCAUUACAGAGAGGGAACUUUGCACUCAUUUCAGCCCUUGAGCUGCUUGUUAUCAGCCUCUCGUGUGGAACUAUGUGCAGCCUCAGCUGGCAAAGACAGAAUCAAUGUUUCCUUUCGUACAGCGACUCCGUGAUGGGACAUCGGCCUAUAUUAAAAAAAAUAAUAAUCACCUGACUGAUCAGAAAGAAAAUUAAUGAAGGGAUGAUAAUUUUGGAAGGAAAUCAAAUUUCCCUUGAUUAAAGUCUCCUUUCCCGGCAUACGAUCCCCUGAUGAUGUGCUACCAGAAACCUGUAGCACGAUUUAUCUUUGUAACUGCACUCCAAAGAAUUGGAUUGAUAAUCCUUGUGCGUACUUUCCAAUCCAAAAGCACUCAUCUGCUGAUCAGAGAAAAACAAUCUCUAGGUUAUGUAAAAAUCACACUGUUUGCUUUUAGCCCUACGCAUUGAUGAUGAGGAGGCUGUUUUUGCUACAAUACAGUUUAAAAAGCACACAAGGCAGGUUGUAACCUAAUGUAAGGAUGUUUCCUCCUGUGUUAUAAUUGGCCAAGUGUAACAGUGUUCAGUUGUUGGUUAUCUGGAGGUUAUUUAAGUCAGUUUAAUUCUAACAACGCAUGGGUGUUUACUAUACAACCCAGUUAUUUAACCCUAGCGCAUAUAAUUUCUUACCAGUGGUGCGUGCUGGGAGAUGUAGGCUCUUUCAACCCACUGACAUAUAUGCUGCAUUUGAGACUUCUAUGAGAUAUUGUAGCUACUUCAACCUCAAAACAAACAAACAAACUGACACACAGCAACACAGGGGAGGGACAAAAUAUGCAUGAGACAUUAUCGCUCAACAAUACGCCAAUAUCAAAUAAUAUUGAUCAAUACUGUCUCUGUCUGGCAUUAUUGUAUUCUGUAUGUAGUUGCACACUCAAUAAUGAAUCUUACUGAUAUGCGAAUUUAACGGCUGAACCUCCAUGAUCUGCCUAAAUCAAAAUCUAAAUUUGGACAGCCAAUCAAAACUUGUUUUGUCAUAUUUUUAAUAAUUUGCUCUUCUGUAGAUCGCUACUGUUUUCAUUUUAUUUUGACAGAGUAAAGAGUCACAAAACUGUCAAGAUGGGGCUGAUUGUGUUUGUUUUCAUAAAUCAAGUGAUGACUGUGAAGUAACUGGCAUUUGUGCUGUUUUGAUAAAAAUGUUUUGUUUUGCUCCUGUAAAACUGCCAAAUUAGCUUUUCAAUAGACUGAGGUCCAUUAAUGGUUUAUCAGAGAAAACAAAACAUUUCCGCCAUUUCCGCCCACUUGUGUAAUUUGGUAUGCUUAAUAUGAGAGAAGACAUUUCCCUCCUUCAGAUGUAUCGUACUUUUUUUUUUUUUUUCCAUUUUCGCAUUGCUGUAUUAAGAUAUGAUAUUGCAAGUUAUUCUGCAAAUACAAACCCAACUUCCCCGUUCCAGUGGUUGCUUUACGCUGCAGUUCUGACGACAAGCAAAAAAUCCGAAGGCAGCCUAGACCUUUUAAAAAAUACAUUUGUUGAUGAUAUAGUGAUGUAUCUACUUACCAAACUGGUUAAAUGGAGAUAUGUUGUACAACAAAUAUAGUUCAUGCAGUAUAUUAUUUUAAUGUUGUAUGACCGCAUCGCAUUGAAGUUUGGGUAUAUCCAGAUUUAACCCGGAAGACUUUUCUUACCAAUGUGCUUUUCCAGCUUUCCAGUUUUCUGGAAUUCAGCAAUAGACCUCCUGAAUUGUUUGCCACAAGUUUUAAAAGACACCCAGAGUGUUUAUAUUCAAACAGUAUUUCAAUAUGACUGACCUAAGAAUUUUUGUGUGCAGACAGAGGAAGGAAGGCAUUUGAUGGGAAGUGAAGGAAAAAGACUGAACACACAGACUUCCCAGUGUUGUCCUGAAUAUUAAGUAGGUAAAGGCUGCAUUCAUGUUUGCUUUUGCAAGACAGGCUGAGUGCAAUCCAGGGCAGAGGUGGUGACGCCUAGUUGUCUUAAAUAUGCCAACAGCAGUAUUUUUGUAUUGUCUGUGUACUGCUGCUGAAAAAUAGUUUACUUUUAAACUGACUGAAGCUCACUUUUAUUGCUUUUUAGCUGUAGGUUGAAUACGUUAUGUUAUCACUUAAAAUCUCUUAUAAGAGGUAAAGUGUAGGUUAUUGUUUUAACAGAGAGAGAAGGCAGAUCUCGAGUGAUUUUUUAUUUAUUUUUUGCUAUACAGUGGAACCUUGGGUUAUGAAUUUAAUUUCUUCUGUGACCUCAAUUGCAACCCGAAACGUUUGCAUAUCGUGGUAAUGCUUCCCAACGAAAUUAAUAAAAAUGCAAUUAAUCCUUUUCAACCCGAAGACGAAGUUGUAUGUAGCUUAUUUUUAUGAGUUUGUGGUUAAAAUAAAUGCUGUAGAAUGUAGAAAAAAGUGCAAACACACUUUGUUGUGAAGAAAUAACAUGGUGUAUUCGCUAGCAAAUGACAUGGCAACAAUUUAGCUUUUUUUGUAUACAACACUGCUUAUGUUCGCCAUAGUUACAACUAGGCCAUACAGCUUGACGAAGAAUUUGUAUAACACUUUUCUCAACACCCAAAGAUGUGGAACAUAGGUGCACACAAACAAAGAGCCAAGUUAAAAAAAAAUAAGCCACGCAGCUAGGCAGGAAGCAGUGCAUUCCCUCUGCGGAAGCUAGCAACGGCUAGCAAGCAGUCUCAAGCUAGCUCCAAGCCAUUGAGUGCCUGCUGAGGUUCCACCUUUGGCCACAGAACUUGGUGAUAGUAUUAGCAAGGUCUGAUUAAGUCCACUUCCCUUCCUUGCACGCUAACAUGCCAUCUCACUGCGUGAGUACACAGCAUUGUUUACAUUCACCAUUGAUACCGCUAGCCGAUAAAUAGUCGCCAUAUCCCACAAUGGUCGCAUUGCAUUGUGGGAAAACUUAAUUGCUUUGUGGGCUGUAGUGGCCAUUAUCCUGCUCGCGGUAUCCAUGGCACGCAUUGAGACGACACGCUAACAUGCAAGGAAAGGAAGGGGAUUUAUUUAGAACAUGACUCCUCGCUGACACUACCACAAGUGAGCUCCCAUACCGUGGCCGAAGGUGGAACCUGUGAGACACUCGAUAGAUGUGACCGGGGUUGAAUCUGCUAGUUAGCCAUCGUUAGCUUCCGUGGAGGGACUGCUUCGCCAGCCAUGCUACAUUUAUUUAGUUUAUUUUUAUUUUUUACUUGUCUCUGUAUGUGUGCCCCUGUAUUAACCGUCCGUCUUUGGGUGUUGAGAAAAGCGCUUUACAAAUUUUAUUCUUAAUAACACAAUUGCUAGCAGUUUUCACUUUCUUUGGAGCCAUACCAUUACAGCGCAAUAAAAAGCACAACUGCACGUCCGUGCCAAGACGGUUCCCAAAUCGUAAAUAGUGCAUUAACCGAGGUAGUUUUUCUUUGAAUUUUUGUGGCGUAACCCGAUCAGUUCAUAAACCAGGUCAUUCAUAAAUUGUAACCCGAGGUUCCACUAUAUUUACAUAUCUAAUGUAAUUUAAAGUAUAACAAGAAAAGGAAAAUGUGAAAUUAGAGCUUAUGGGAAAGGCAUAUCCACGUUAUCAAAUGGAUGCUAAAUAGUUGUUGCUAUGAGCACAAACAUAUCCCCCAGUCGUUCUUGAGCUUUCAAUUGUGAUGAGAUUCUGUUUGUUUGACAUUGGAGCUACCAAUAAGAAUAUGAAUGUUGCCUUUAGGAGAGAUGUUUACACUUUCCUGCUCACUGGAGUGAAUCAACUUCAUCAUAGGUAGUUCGUUCAUUUCGACAUUCUGAUUUCUACAAGCUUGUCAAAAUAUGUUUUGUGUUUUGUUUUUUUCUGUAACACUAACACAUGGGGGGUGAAGCGAGAGCGGCAAAGCACAUCUGCAUUUAAAUAAAGUGGCUGUGUUAUGUUUGAAUCUUUGCAACGCAGCAAGCAGUUAGUUUGGGCUUCAUUUUGAUUAUGUGGAGUAAUUGUUACUUGAAGAAAUUCAGAGUCACUCAAAAUGCUAAUUGUACAUGAAGUCAUUGCAUUUACUCAGCACUGGACCAAAACAACUGAUACUAAAAUAAAUGCUAACAAUAAUUGCUCCCUGGUAUUUGAUGUUCAGAUCGUACAUCAAGUAUUAAGUGCGUAUCCUCAGUCUCAAGUGUUCUUCUUAUAUUUGUGUCCUUCAGAUAAACUUGCCCACACAGUGCCAAUUUUAACUCCCUCAGCCCCCAUUUCAAGUGUUUUGUUUCUUUUUCUGAAUUUUUGAAGUAAGGAGCAAGAUUUACAAACCAUCUGCUGUUAAAAAUAAUGUACUUAGUGUAUUUUGAGAAGCGAUUAACUUGUUCUACAACCCCAAUUCCAAUGAAGUUGGGACAUUGUUUUAAACAUAAAAUAAAAACAGAAUACAAUUAUUUGCAAAUCAUGUUCAACCUAUAUUUAAUUGAAUACACUACAAACACAAGAUAUUUAAUGUUCAAAUUGAUAAACUUUAUUGUUUUUAGCAAAUAAUCAUUAACUUAGAACUUUAUGACUGCAUCACGUUCCAAAAAUGCUUGGACAUGGUCAUGUUUACCACUGUGUUACAUCACCUUUUCUUUUAACAACAUUCAAUAAGGCGGUAUGGUGGAUGACUGGUUAGAGCGUCAGCCUCACAGUUCUGAGGACCCGGGUUCAAUCCCCGGCCCCCGCCUGUGUGGAGUUUGCAUGUUCUCCCCAUGCCUGCGUGGGUUUUCUCCGGGCACUCCGGUCUCCUCCCACAUCCCAAAAACAUGGAUUCAUUGGAGACUCUAAAUUGCCCCUAGGUGUGAAUGUGAGUGUGAAUGGUUGUUUGUUUAUAUGUGCCCUGCGAUUGGCUGGCAACCAGUUCAGUGUGUACCCCGCCUCCUGCCCAAUGAUAGCUGGGAUAGGCUCCAGCACGCCCGCGACCCUAGUGAGGAUAAGCGGCUCAAAAAAUGGAUGGAUGGAUGGAGGGAACAUUCAAUAAAUGUUUGGGAACUAACGACACUAAUUUUUGAAGCUUUGUAGGUGGAAUUCUUGAUGUACAGCUUCAGCUGUUCAACAGUCCGGAGUUUUCGUUGUCGUAUUUUACGCUUCAUAAUGCGCCACACAUUUUCAAUGGGAGACAGGUCUGGACUGCAGGCAGGCCAGUCUAGUACCCGCACUCUUUUACUAAGAAGCCACACUGUUGUAACACGUGCAGAAUGUGGUUUGGCAUUGUCUUGCUGAAAUAAGCAUGGCCGUCCAUGAAAAAGACGUUGCUUGGAUGGCAGCAUAUGUUUCUCCAAAACCUGUAUGUACCUUCCAGCAUUAAUGGUGCCUUCACAGAUGUGUAAGUUACCCAUGCCAUUGGCACUAACACAGGGCCGCACCAUCACAGAUGCUGGCUUUUGAACUUUGCGUUCAUAACAGUCCGGAUGGUUCUUUUCCUCUUUGGCCCGGAGGACACGAUGUCCACAAUUUCGCAAAACAAUUUUAAAUGUGGACUCGUUGGACCACAGAACAAUUUUCCACUUUGCAUCACUUCAUCUUAGAUGAGCUCGGGCCCAGAGAAGCCGGCUGCGUUUCUGGGUGUUGUUGAUAAAUGGCUUUUGCUUUGCAUUGUAGAGUUUCAAGUUGCACUUACGGAUGUUGCACCGAACUGUAUUUACUGACAUUGGUUUUCUGAAGUGUUCCUGAGCCCAUGUCGUGAGAUCCUUUACACUUUAAUGUCGGUUUUUGAUGCAGUGCCGCCUGAGGGAUUGAAGGUCACAGCCCUUCAAUGUUGGUUUUCGGCCUUGCCGCUUACAUGCAGUGAUUUCUCCAGAUUCUCUGAACCUUUUGAUGAUAUUAUGGACCGUAGAUGAUGAAAUCCCUAAAUUCCUUGCAAUUGUAUGUUGAGGAACAUUGUCACAAAGAGGUGAACCUCGCCCCAUCUUUGCUUGUGAAUGACUGAGCAAUUCACCUGUUCCCAAUUAGCCUGUUCACCUGUGGGAUGUUCCAAACAGGUUUGAUGAGCAUUCUUCAACUUUCUCAGUCUUUUUUGCCACCUGUCCCAGCUUUUUUGAAACGUGUUGCAGCCAUAAAAUGAUUAUUUGCUCAAAACAAUAAAGUUUAUCAGUUUGAACAUUAAAUAUCUUGUCUUUGUAGUGUAUUCAGUUAAAUAUAGGUUGAACAUGAUUUGCAAAUCAUUGUAUUCUGUUUUUAUUUAUGUUUAACACAACGUCCCAACUUAAUUGUAAUUGGGGUUGUACAUGUACUAAAACUAUUUACCGUAUUUUCACGACUAUAAGGCGCACCGUAUUAAAAGGCGCAGUCUCAGUUACGGGGUCUAUUUCUGUAUUUAACUCAUACAUAAGGCACACCGUAUUAUUGGGCGCAGGCAUGGUAAAACAUACGCUAGCUUAAAACAUAUGGUAGCAUGCAUCCACGCUAAAACAAUGUUUUUAAAAAGGCAGCGGGAGCAAAACUGAGUUCGGUUGUACUUUAUUGAAGUAUUUAACAAUGUACUCGCGUUAUUUUUUUAUCAAUCCUCAUCCACAAAUCCAUCAAAGUCCUCAUCUUCUGUAUCUGAAAUGAACAGGUGGCCAAGUUCUCAAUCAAACAAGCCAGGUUUGAGUCAGUCUCGUUGCCGUGCGACUCCUCAGAAAUGAUGCCGGCUUUUACGAAAGCUCGAACAACAGUGCAAGCAGACACGUUAGCCCAAGCUUCCACAAUCCAUUCACAAAUUGUGGCGUAACUCGCCCGGCGCUGCUUUCUAGUCUUAGUAAAAUUGUGUUCGCCAUCUGUCAUCCAUCACUUCCACGCCGCUCGCAACUUCACUUUGAACGCCUUGUUUACACCGAUGUCCAGCGGUUGGAGUUCCUUGGUCAAGCCUCCCGGAAAGAUGGCAGGCUUCCUCACUUGCUGCACAUGGAAGAAUUAUUGCACUCAGUCGAAUGGUGACUUGAGACGCUUCUCCCGGCUGUUCUUUGCCCAUUAAUGCAUUGCUCGAGUUGGUCUUCCAACUCGGGCCACCUCGCCUUGUUCCCGCGGAGUCUUCUUGACUUGGCGAAACUCGUUUUCCUGCUUCCUCCACUUGCGAACCAUGGAUUUGUUGAUCUUGAAUUCUCUCGCGGCUGCUCGAUUCCCAUGUUCCUCCACGUAACUGAUAGCUUGCAGUUUAAACUGUGCUUCGUAAGCGUGUCUCUUCGUAGGUGACAUUUUCGGGAGUCCUUAGCCAAACCGAUGUUGUUUUGCACAAUGCACACCCCGGCGCUAUAUACCUACUGGGGGCGUGGCUUUAGCGUCCUCCUUCACGCACCCUUCUCCCUUUACGUCUGCAUGCUGUCCUCAACCACGUCCGCUUUUCCUCUGUAUAAGCAGCGUGUCAGCAGGAAAUGCUCCCAGUCAGUCAAGUGGUCAAAAAAAAGUAUGUGGAAAAAAAGUCAAGCGGAGCGUUCAUCACGCAACAUUUAUAUAAGGUGCGCCGCAUUAUAAGGCGCUCCGUCCAUUUUGGAGAAAGUUUAAGCCUUUUAAGUGCGCCUUAUGGUCGUGAAAAUACGGUAAACCUAUUGUUUAUUUAAGGAAAUCUUGUAUUGUUUAUUCACCAUUGGACAUUUGAUAUUGUGGGGAUUCAUUUUUAGGAAACCUUUUUAAGCUUUUUCAUUUUGAUUUUUUUUUCUGAUGACUGAAAUGUAGAAUGUAAUUAGAUGCUAUAUGUCUGUGACACUGGAAGAUGGAUUUAUAUUUAAAUACUGUAUUUGAUUACCUAUUUCAUAUAUCCCCAUGGAUUUGUAAAGUGUGAAAUGUUGAGACUAUAUGGUUGUAGCUGUAUGAAAAUGGCAGUAUAUUUCUAAGUGGCUUUGUAGAGGAGGGCAUUGUUACGCACCGGUGUGAGUGUGGAGUUGUGUUUCAAGCAUAUUUGACAUUUCUAGAGCCUUUGGAUUGUUCUCCAAUACUACAAACUGACAAAGCAGUUCACUCAGAGAAUAAAGUGUCCUCUCAUUG